UUAUUUUCUGAAUGGCAGAAAACACCUCUUAAAAAAUUAAUCUGUAUUUUGAGGGCCUGCUGUGUACUGGAAAGAUGCUCAAAUGCUUUUUGUCUUAACCCCUCUUGUUUUACAACAGAAGCAGGAUUAAGAAGUCCUUGGCCCAGGACCCUGGGGAUCUGACUCCACUUCCUUGGUAAAGGCUAAUAACCACUGUUGCUGCCGCCCCCAGGCCUGUGUGUGCCCCCCACCCACCCCAGCUAUGGCCCUGGUCAGCAUCAAUGAACUGCCUGAGAACAUCCUGCUGGAGGUGUUCACAUACCUGCCCGCCCGCCAGCUGCUGCUGCGCUGCCGCUUGGUCUGCACCCUCUGGCGCGACCUCAUAGACCUCGUGACCCUCUGGAAACGCAAAUGCCUGCGUGAGGGCUUCAUCCCGGAGGACUGGGACCAGCCUGUGGCCGACUGGAAGAUUUUUUACUUUCUAUGCAGCGUCCGCAGGAACCUCCUACGCAACCCAUGUGCUGAAGAGGGCAUGAGAUCCUGGAAAAUCGACGAGAAUGGAGGGGACUGUUGGAAGGUGGAGAGCUUACCUGGAGCCCAUGGGAAAGAUUUUCCUGACUCCAAAGUCAGGAACUACUUUGUCACAUCCUAUGCAUUAUGCCUCAAGUCCCAGAUGGUGGACCUCAAAGCCAAGGGCUACUGGGAGGAACUAAUGGACGUGUUCCGGCCUGACAUUGUGGUUAAGGACUGGUUUGCCGCCAGAGCAGACUGUGGCUGCACCUAUAACAUCAAAGUACAGCUGCUCUCAGCCAACAACAUCCCCUUGGCCUCCUUCGAGCCACCACCUGUGACCAUCGAGCAGUGGAGCGAUGCCACGUGGACAGAGGUCUCCUAUACCUUCUCAGACUACCCUCCAGGCGUCCGCCAUGUCUUCUUCCAGCAUGGGGGCAAAGACACCCAGUUCUGGGCAGGCUGGUAUGGGCCCCGCGUCACCAACAGCAGCAUCAUCAUCAGCCCUAAGAUGACCAGGAACCCAACCAACGCCUGCCAUAGCUCAGCGGUGACCCUGACCGAUCAGGAGCAGGAGCGGGGGCAGGCGCAGGGGCAGGGGAAGGGGAAGGGGAAGGGGAAGGAGUGCACUGACUACUUGCCCUCCGUGCUUCAUUUCUACAAACGCUUCUAGGGGCAGAGGCAGGGGAAGGAGCAGGAGGAUGACGACCU